AUGGUCUCAAAAGACCAGGAACCACUAGAGAAAACUGUAUCGGACCACAGGCAGACCCUGCAGGACCUCAGAUCUCUUCUAGAGGACAGAGGGGGUACAACAACAAAAAAUAACCUUAGCAAUAAUAGCCCUUAUGGAGUACAGAAUAAAGAUAGUAAUAAGUGGAGGUGUAGAUACAGAAAAAGGUGCUUUAGGUUUAAGACAUUAGUGUUUUCGUUAGUGUGUGUGUUUGUUCAGGCGUUGAUAUUGGCUGAGGCGAGAAGUUCAGAACCAAGAUAUGAGACGGCGUACGCGUGCGAAGGCAAGACCCUAAAGAUAGGCUGUUCAGAAGGAUCGGUGAUCCACCUAAUAAGGGCGAACUAUGGAAGGUUCUCGAUCACGAUAUGUAACGACCAUGGCAACAUUGACUGGAGCGUGAACUGCAUGUCCACGAAGAGUUUACGCGUUUUACAUAGCAGAUGCAGCAUGCACCAAAACUGUAGUAUAUUAGCGAGCACAAACGUCUUCAGCGAUCCGUGUCCGAACACGUUGAAAUAUCUAGAAGCACAUUACCAGUGUGUACCAGCAUCCACAACAAGCACAACCAAUAGGCCAUCUCCUCCAUGGCUGAUCACCUCGCAGCCAACAGUCUGGCGUUCUACAGCUCCUCCGGCACCAAAGAAUCCAGUGCAAGUCCAGCAAGGGGAGCGGAAAAAGCCUACGGUGAUCACUCCGCCUACUUUCAGACCGCACAUCACUUUACCACCAGAGGUUAAACUGGGCGACAUCGGUACUAAGAAGACUACCACCAGACAACCGGAUUCGUCAUCCGAGUCACAAACUCCUAAAGAAAUUGCAUCGGAAACCAAGGAUGAAGUUCCCAAGGCUAUCGAACCAGAUACAGGGUCAAGAAACGACAAACCAAAUAAAGAGGAAGACAAUGCACCCACUGAAGAAACUAUGCAGUGGCCGGUAAAGGAUGAAAAUGCAGAUUCGUCUCCACGCGUGCCAGAACCACCGAAAGACAUCAAACCCGAGACUGACAGUGAAGAUGACUUCGAUAAAACAUACUCGACUAAUCCAACACCGCAGUUAGGUAGACGUUCGUACUGCCCCCCAGUGACGGCUCGAGGGCUGGACUGGAACUGGACUUUGGCUGGCACAUAUGCGCUCCAGCCCUGCCCAGGGGGCGCCACUGGACUGGCCAGGUGGAAGUGUACUCUAACCCCCCACCACUUUACUGAAGAGGAUCGUCGUACUCCAAGGAGGAGAGGAUCCAACUUGCAAUCUGGAGAGAACUACCACGACUUAGGCUUAGAACCUAACGAUAGACAAUUACAACUUAUCAGGCGUCUCGGCUCUGAGGCACUACUCAAAGGUCGUGAUGGCGAUUCUCCAGAGCACAUGAUUGACUAUAGAGGCUCCAGUCUUCCAGACGCGCAAGCUUCCAGCCAACAUGCAUCAAAUCAAGACUUUACUUACUCGGAUAUAGCACCUGAGUGGUUAGGUGCCACUCCAGAUCUCAGUGAGUGUCGCUCGGUUUGGCUGAACAGCUUAGAAGCGAGGGUCAGAGAAGGAGAAUCGUUGCUCAGCAUCAGCAAUGACCUGGCACAGGUAACGUCAUCGAAGACGUUAUAUGGAGGUGACAUGAUGACGACUACAACUAUAAUGAAGAAACUCGCUCAGAGAAUGUCCCACAAUGUCCAGACGUUCCCAGAUCCUAG